GCAACACUACCAUAAACCCUAGCUAGCAUUUCACACUUUACAUCACCACCCAAAUGGAUCCAAAGAACGUGAAAUCAGAGCUCGUUCUCAUCCUCGAUUACGGUUCCCAAUACACUCAUCUCAUCACUCGCCGGAUCCGAAGCCUCUCCGUCUUCUCCCUCUGCAUCUCCGGCACCUCCUCACUCGCCUCCAUCACCAGCCUCAAUCCCUCCGUCGUCAUUCUCUCCGGUGGUCCCCACUCCGUUCACACCCCUGACUCCCCCUCCUUCCCCGAUGGCUUCCUCUCCUGGGCCCAGUCAAACGGCGUCGUCGUACUCGGCAUUUGCUAUGGCCUUCAACUCCUCGUCCAGCGUCUCGGCGGCGAAGUUUGCGUCGGCCACAAACAAGAGUAUGGACGUAUGGAAAUCCUCGUUGAGAAACCUUCCGCACUCUUCUCCUCCGACAAAGUUGGUAAACGACAAGUUGUUUGGAUGAGCCACGGCGACGAGGCCGUUAGGCUUCCUUCGGGCUUCGAUGUCGUUGCUCGUAGCGACCAAGGUGCUGUUGCUGUCAUUGAAAACACCUCCGCCAAGUUCUACGGCCUUCAGUAUCACCCCGAGGUGACGCAUACGCCAGAAGGAAUGGAAUUGCUACGGCAUUUCCUUUUUGACGUUUGUGGAGUGGAAGCAGGGUGGAAGAUGGAGGAUGUGAUGGAGGAAGAAAUAAAAGUGAUCAAAGAUACAGUCGGGCGUGAUGAGCAUGUUAUCUGUGCCUUGUCUGGUGGUGUGGAUUCCACGGUUGCUGCCACUCUUGUGCAUAAGGCUAUUGGAGACAGGCUUCAUUGUAUCUUUGUGGACAAUGGGUUGCUUAGAUAUAAAGAGAGGGAGCGUGUGAUGGAAACAUUUGAUAAGGAUCUUCAUUUGCCAGUAGUGUGCGUGGAUGCUUCGAAUCAAUUUCUUACGAAGCUAAAGGGUGUGACAGAUCCUGAAAUGAAGAGAAAAAUUAUUGGAAAAGAGUUUAUAUGUAUUUUCGAUGCUUUUGCUCAGGAGUUAGAGCAGAAAUUAGGGAAGAAACCUUCUUUUUUAGUUCAAGGAACAUUGUAUCCGGAUGUGAUUGAAUCCUGUCCACCCCCUGGAAGUGGGAGAACUCAUUCCCAUACCAUCAAGAGCCAUCAUAACGUUGGAGGUCUUCCAAAGGAUAUGAAAUUGAAACUUAUUGAGCCCCUUAAACUUCUAUUCAAAGAUGAGGUUCGUCAAUUGGGGAGGAUCUUGAAUGUUCCUGAGGCUUUUCUAAAACGUCACCCAUUUCCUGGGCCUGGUCUUGCAGUGAGAGUUUUGGGUGAUGUGACAGAAGGAAAUGCCUUAGAUAUUCUUCGACAGGUUGAUGAGAUCUUCAUCCAAUCAAUCAAGGAUGCUGGGCUUUAUGAUUCAAUAUGGCAAGCCUUUGCAGUUUUCUUGCCAAUUCGAUCUGUUGGAGUUCAAGGUGAUCAAAGAACACACUCCCAUGUUGUAGCUCUCAGAGCUGUUACUAGCCAAGAUGGAAUGACUGCAGACUGGUAUUACUUUGAGCACAAGUUCCUUGACGAUGUUGCGCGAAAGAUCUGUAAUGGUGUCCGUGGGGUAAACCGCGUUGUGCAAGACAUUACGUCAAAGCCACCAUCGACUAUUGAAUGGGAAUAAUAUCACAUUCAAUGGGUUUUACUUUACGAAGGUAGUGAGGUACUAUAAUGUUGUAAAAAGUGCUAAGGUACUGGCUAUUUACUUGUUUGAUUUUCUUAUCUUCUUCCCUACCUGCCUAUGUCUUGAAGGGAAGGGAAAUUAUUGGUUGGAGCGGAAAUUUCUAAUGGGAUUGAUAUGAUUCUUGAGAUUUGGAAUAGCUAGAGUUGAGAGAACCAUGUCCACGUUAUUAUUACUUUGUAAUGAUUUUUCCCACCUCAUGAAUCAAUUAUAUCAACGAAUUUUGUUCC